AAUGGAAUAGGGAUUUUUACAAAGUUACAUUUUGUAUUGGAAAUAGUUCCUGAAAAACCAAUUCAAUCCUGCUGAUUUGAAUAUAUAAAGGAUUCCUGGAUAUAUAAAAACUGCUGACAAUGGGGACUUACUUUCACUUCCUCCAAAAGAUGUAUAAUGAUAUACUUGCUGAUGCCCUGCUAGCCAAAGACAGUGACUGUUGUGCAGCUCUUCUAAAUCUUUCAGUUUUUUCAUCAGCAAAAAACCACAAAUUAUGUGCGUGCCAUUUUUUUUCUGAGUUGGAUGCUCAGAUGUCUUCUGGUCCAGACCCAAUAAAUGAUAAACAUGAUGUUUCUAAAAACUUCAGCCAUCUGAAAUGCCAAGCACAGGAAAUUAUGCUGCUUCAGUUAACCUUGAUUAAGAUGAUGCUUGCCAAGUUGCAACUGGAAAAGGUGGCUACUGGAAUAAAACAGAAGUACCUUGAGAUCCUGAGAAUCCUGGAAGAAGUGAACAUGGUGUCUGAAUUAAUUCAUCUGUUGCGUAGUUCAGAUAAGCAGCUCUCUCACAUGGCUUCCAAAAGUUUGGCCUCCCUUGUGCAUUUUCAGCUAACAGAAGAUAAUUCAUUAAAUAGUGCCUGGCUUGCUUUUUGUUUAGAGACUUUAUCAGGAUUUCCCAGUAAUAGUUGGAUAGCAGAAUGCCUCUGGACUUUAACAAAUAUAAUAAAAGAAAUUUUGAAAGAUGACAACAAACAGAAAGAAGGUGACCUGAAGAAACUUCUUACUCCACUUGACAGUGUCCUUGAGAACUUUUACAGCUCCAUCCUUUCAUAUUAUUCCUCUGUUCCUCAAGAUGUUCCACUAUCUGCAAAAUCAACAAAUGUCUUGAACAGCUUUCUUGAUCUCUUUGAGCUGCUUGUGGCUUCCAGAAUUCAAAUGCCACUCAAACUUGGGUGCCAGAGGAUAUUGUUUUUAAACUCUUACAAUAUAUGUGCCCUUGCUAUAUCACCCGUUCAUGGUUUAAUCAAGAAAAAAUCAAUCAUGCUGCUUAAAAAAUGCAUUCUUCACAAAGCUGGUGAAGACCUGAUCAAGAUAAAGGUGCUUCCUUCCUCUCACCAAGACGCUCAUUUUGACAAUGACAGAUUAGCAUUGGCUGAUACUGUACUGCAAUAUGUGAAUUCUGGAUGGCUAGGAAGGUUGUCUUCUAGUGGAAAUAUCAGCCAUUUUGACGGUAGCAGAAUUGAACCUCAAGUACAUAUUAAUAGUAACUUUGAUCUGGUAACCUUCAGAUCAUUAAGCUUGCUUCUGCUUAAAGCAUUAGAGCUGAAGAUCCAGGAUUUUGCCUACAAAGCUGAAUCACAAGUCCAUUUGGAGAGUGUUAUGUGUCCACUCUUGACAUUCUUAAAAAGUCAUCUGAGGUCUUCUGCCAGUAUCUGCUCAUUUGAGCAUCCUUGCAUGUGGAUUUCUCUGUUUAUGGAACAAGAUGAUGAGAUGGUGGAAGCUGCAAAAUCAUUAUUGGCAAUUUAUUUAAACUUGGAAAGGUUGUGGCAUGAUGUUAAUUUUACCUUGUGCUGUUUAGAUGAUGGAACCCAAGACACUUGGACACACCGGAAUGGCUGUAAUCCCCACUGUAUCUUUUUAUUUCUGUUAAGAAGUAUUGCCUUUGAUGCCACAGUUCUUCUGGAUUUCCUGAUUUCAUCGGAAACCUGCUUCUUGGAAUACUUUGUUCAAUAUUUAAAGCUUCUUAUAGAAGACUGGCACCAAUUUGUCAAAGUUUCCAAAUGCUUUAAGUUCAUAGUUGGCAAAGAUCUCAGAGUUUGGGGGGAGAACUUGACCAGCAAGCAAAAAGAUGUCUACAAGUCAGAUCUCACUGGGCAGAGCACUUCAUAUGGCACACAGACUUGUACUGAGGCCUUCUUUACCUCUUCCCUGAAUUUGUCUACACUCUGGCAGAGAGACAGUCAAGCUGUACAACCCAACAGGCCUGAUUUUUUGACAGCAUCUAGUAACCCACCUCUAUCGGGGGCUUUUCAGAAGCUGGUUGAUUAUGAUAGCUCAGAAGAUUCUGAGGUAGAAUGUACAAGAGAAGAAUGCUUGACAGAUAUAGAACAAGUAACUUUAAAUAAUCAAACAUGUACAAAUAAAGCAGUUCUUAUUGAUGAUAAUGCAGCAGCCUCCAGGCCAAAUGUGCUACCUUUAAUUCAACAAGAUUUGAAUAUCUCAUCAUCCUCUUGCUGCAAGAUAUCCCCAAAUAAAUUUGAAUUAGCAGAUGAAAUUUUUCAGGAAGCAGCUAUAUGUUUCCAGCAAUUGCAGAAGUCAAUUUCUAGGCUACAUGCAAGAAACCUCUUUCCAUACAAUCCAAAUGCGCUCUUAAAGCUCUUGAACCAAGUUAACAUAAUUAAUAAAAAUCACAGAUUUUCUUCAGACUAGUCAGAAUCUAAAGAAAUAAAGUACUCCAGGUUAAUCCCAUCUUUGUGUUAGCAUUUGAAAGAAUGUUUCCAGAAAAUUAAUACAUACUGAAAUAUGUGGCCCAAAUGCAUUCUUUGGGAUUGCAGUAUAUGUUGUUUAUGAACUGUCUGCUUGGUUAAAAAC